GUUCGCAACGCAACGAAGCCAGCAUUGUGUGAAGAUUACAACUUUGACUUUCCUUGCGAUCAAAAGGUUACACCCGAUCAGGAAUGGAUCCUGAACAGCACAGUGCAGGGUUCUCCAUUUCAAACUUGCUGGGAUUUGACAAAAAAACUGAAGGCAAUGACAAAACUCAACUGAACUUUUCGAAAAAAAACUGCAAAGAAGAAACUAACGAGAGGAUUACACCAAAAUCCGAGAAAACAAGGCCUCCCAAAAGAACGAAGAGAUGUACUGGAGGUGACAGCGAGAAGCGUUACCGAGCAACAUUUGACAAGUCACAGAUCUAUCAGAUGGAAAGAGUGUUUCUCCUAAACCACUACCCUGAUGUAGCGGCCAGAUCUGAACUGUCAAACAGCACUGGAUUAUCAGAAGCUCAAGUCCAGAUCUGGUUUCAGAACAGACGGGCAAAAUGGCGCAAACAACAAAGAAAACGUCGCCAUGAUGUACCCACCAUUUUCGGUUUAGGUUACCCGAGUCAUUUGGCUCGCUUUUGUGGAGGUUUCGAACCAUACACCCUAUUCCCAUACGAGUAUUACAACACCGACUUCUGGACAUGCGCACGACAGCAAGUAGCGGCGUUUCAAUUUGCCUCGAUGCCAAGUUCACCCACGCCACCUGCCUCGUCCAGUCCCCACGAUUCGUGCUCGCCCAAGUCCACCGACUCGGCAGCCUCCAGCUCGGAGGAGGCCCAAGGCGAGGUCGAAAAUUUGGAAAUUCGUAACGACUCAAGUCUGCUUUCACUUCGGUUGAGAGCUAAAGAACACAUUGCCGCUAUGGAACAAGAGUCUCAAGGAGUUUAGAGAAUAGAAGACGAGAAUCUCAUGAGCCUUUUAUGUAGGGAAAUUAGCUGAAAAUAGGCCGUCAGCUAACGCAAGGGAAUUUAAAUAAGAGUUUUGGAUUUAUCUCGUGAUAUGAAUACCUCGGAAAUGAAAAAGUCUGUAAAUAUUUUACCGUUACAAAUAGAAACUAGACGCUAUUAGAAAUGAUAGCCCAUUUUAGGGAUUGCAUAUGACGCGAAGAUGCAUGUUGACAGCUUAAUUCAUACGAAGAGAGUUUAUUUUAAGCAAUGUUAAAUGCCAAAAAGUGAUGUGUUUUAUAUGAUAUCAUUGUAAAUUUUUUCCUUUCACAUUUGAGAGAAAAUUGUUUUUGCUUAGAGUGAAUUGUUCUGUAAAGAAAUAAUAAAGCUUAAGUUUGAAUA